AUGGCCGGCUCAGGCCCGUCGGCCUCCUCGUGCUGCAGCCUGAAGGACGAGCUGCUCUGCCCGAUCUGCCUGAGCCUGUACCAGGACCCGGUCAGCUUUGGCUGCGAGCACUACUUCUGCCGGCGCUGCAUCGCGGAGCACUGGAGCCGGCAGGAGGCGCAGGCGGCCCCGGCCAGGGACUGCCCCGAAUGCCGCCGGACCUUCUCGGAGCCCCUUCUGGCCCCCAGCCUCAAGCUGGCCAACAUCGUGGAGCGCUACGCCGCCUUCCCCCUGGACGCCCUCCUGCGCAGCGCCCAGCGCCGACUGGCCUCCUCCACAGGCGGGACGGCCAACGGCUCCCCGGGCGCCGCCUCCUCGGCCUCCUCCGCCUGCGCCAAGGAGCACGGCAAGGUCCAGCUCUUCUGCCUCUCCGACCGCGCCGUGGUCUGCUUCUUCUGCGACGAGCCCGCCCUCCACGAGCAGCACCAGGUCACCAGCCUUGACGACGCCUUCGAGGAGCUCCAGCGGGAGCUCAAGGAGCAGCUGCAGACCCUUCAGGACAGUGAGCGCGGACACACCGAGGCCCUGGCCCGCCUUAAGCGCCAGCUGGCCGAGACCAAGUCCUCGGCCAAGGGCCUGCGCGCCACCAUCGGGGAGGCCUUUGAGCGGCUGCACCGGCUGCUGCGGGACCGGCAGAAGGCCAUGCUGGAGGAGCUGGAGGCGGACACGGCCCGGACGCUGACCGACAUCGAGCAGAAGGUCCAGCGCUACGGCCAGCAGCUGCGCAAGGUCCAGGAGGGCAGCCAGAUCCUGCAGGAGCGCCUGGCCGAGGCCGACAAGCACGCCUUCCUGGCCGGCAUCGCCUCCCUCUCCGAGAGGCUGAAGGGGAAGAUCCACGAAACCAACCUGACCUACGAGGACUUCCCCACCUCCAAGUACAUGGGGCCCUUGCAGUACACCAUCUGGAAGUCCCUUUUCCAGGACAUCCAUCCCGUGCCGGCCACGCUGACGCUGGACCCGUCCACGGCCCACCAGCGGCUGAUCCUCUCAGACGACUGCACCAUCGUGGCCUACGGCAAUUUGCACCCGCAGCCGCUGCAGGACUCCCCGCGGCGCUUUGACGUGGAGGUCUCGGUGCUGGGCGCAGAGGCCUUUGGGAGCGGGACGCACUACUGGGAGGUGGUGGUCUCGGAGAAGACCCAGUGGAUGAUCGGCCUGGCCCACGAGGCGGUCAGCCGUCGCGGCAGCAUCCAGAUCCAGCCCAGCCGGGGCUUCUACUGCAUCGUGAUGCACGACGGCACCCAGUACAGCGCCUGCACCGAGCCCUGGACCCGGCUCAACGUCAAGGGCAAGCUGGAGAAGGUGGGCGUCUUCCUGGACUACGACAAGGGCCUGCUCAUCUUCUACAAUGCCGACGACAUGUCCUGGCUCUACACCUUCCGGGAGAAGUUCCCUGGGAAGCUCUGCUCCUACUUCAGCCCCGGGCAGAGCCACGCCAACGGGAAGAACGUCCAGCCGCUGCGCAUCAACACCGUACGCAUUUAGCGGGAGGACAUUGUGGAAGGAGGGUCGGAGUCAUGCUGGUCUCAAGUGGGUGCGCUUUUCCUGAAGGUGGGAUUUUAGGAGGACUAAGGCUUUGAGGACCAGGUUCUUAAGAAGCUUCCUUGGAAUCAUCAACUGUAUUGAUGAUCGGGUUCCUUGGAACUGCCAACGUUAUUGGGACCAGUUUCCUGAAGAUGGGAUCUUAGAAUGACUAUUGUUUUUGGGGUCAGGUUUUUAAGAAGGUUCCUUGGAACCACCAAUGUAUUAAUGAUAGGUGGAAUUCUAGAAGGACUCAUGUUUUGAGGACCAGGUUCUUAAGAAGCUUCCUUGGAACCACCAACUGUAUUGAUGAUCGGGUUCCUUGGAAGUACCAAUGUUAUUGGGAUCAGUUUCCUGAAGAUGGGAUCUUAGAAUGACUAUUGUUUUUUGGAUCAGGUUCUUCAGACAGUUCCUUGGAACCACCAACGUACUAAUGGUAGGGUUCCUUGAGAAGAGUCCUUGGAACUAUGGGAAGGAGGCUUGGAUUCAUGCUGGUUCUCAAGGGGGAAUCGCUUGUGGGUGCACUUUUCUUGAAGGUGGGAUUUUAAAAGGACUCAUGUUUUGAGGACCAGGCUCUUCAGAAGUUUCCUUGGAAUCACCAACUGUAUUGAUGAUCGGCUUCCUUAAGAAGAAUCUUUGGAACUAUGGGAAGGAGGGUUGGAUUCAUGCUGGUCCUCAAGGGGGAAUCGUUUGUGGGUGCACCUUUCCUGAAGGUGGGAUUUUAGGAGGACUCAUGUUUUGAGGACCAGGUUCUUAACAAGCUUUCUUGGAAUCACCAACUGUAUUGAUGAUCAGGUUCCUUAGAACUGCCAACGUUAUUGGGACCAAUUUCAUGAAGAUGGGAUCUUAGAAUGACAAUUGUUUUUGGAAUCAAGUUCUUAGGACGGUUCCUUGGAACCACCAAUGUAUUAAUGAUCAGAUUUCUUAAGAGUCCUUGGAACUAUGGGAAGGAGGAUUGGAUUCAAGCUGAUCCUCAAGUGGGUGUGCUUUUCCUGAAGGUGGGAUUUUAGAAGGACUAAUGUUUUGAGGACCAGGUUCUUAAGAAGCUUCCUUGGAAUCACCAACUGUAUUGAUGAUUGGGUUCCUUGGAACUGCCAACAUUAUUGGGACCAGUUUCCUGAAGAUGAGAUCUGAGAAUGACUAUUGUUUUUGGGGUCAAGUUCUUGAGAAUAUUAUUAAUGAUCGGAUUCCUUAAGAGUCCUUGGAACUACGGGAAGGAGGGUUGGAGUCAUGCUGGUCCUCAAGGGGGGAAUCGUUUGCAGGGGCGCUUUUCCUGAAAGUGAGAUCUUAGAAGGACUAAUGUGUUGAGAACCAGGUUCUUAAGCUUCCUUGGAACCACCAACGUAUUGAUGACAGGGUUCCUUAAGAAGAGUCCUUGGGACUUCCAACGUUAUUGGGACCAGUUUCCUUAAGGCGGUAUCUUAGAAUGACUAUUGUUUUGGGAUCAGGUUCUUAAGAAGGUUCCUUGGAACCACCAACAUAUUAAAGAUUCCUUAAGAAGAGUCCUUGGAACUACCAAUAUUAUUGGGACCAAUGUCCUGAAGACGGGACCUUAGAAUGACUAUUGUUUUUGGGAUCAUGUUCUUAAGAGGGUUCCUUGGAACCACCAAUGUAUUAAUGAUCGGGUUCCUUAAGAAGAGUCUUGGAAUUGCCAAUGUUAUUGGGACCAGUUUCCUGAAGAUGGGAUCUUAAAAUGACUAAUGUUUUGAGGACCAGCUGACAAGCGGUGAUUUUGCCAGUGCCUAUUAUUAUUAUUAUUAUUAUUAUUAUUAUUAUUAUUAUUAUUUAUUUCAUACACAACAAGAUGAGUCCACAGCAAACAAGAUCACUGCUGGCUGUUGCAAUUUUGUCAGCGCCGAUGAUGAUGAUGAUGAUGAUGAUGAUUAUAUGGUGGGGACUCUCCUGUGCCCUGAACUCCCCUGAUGAUAUUAUUAUUAUUAUUAUUAUUAUUAUUAUUAUUAUUAUUAUUAUUAGAUACGCAACAAGAUGAGUCCACAGCAAACAAGAUCACUAUGCUGGCUGUUGUAUUAGAUCACAUGCCUUUUGAAGCUGGCAGAUGGUGAUUUUGUCAGCGCCUAUUAUUAUUAUUAUUAUUAUUAUUAUUAUUAUUAUUAUUAUUGUUGUUAUCUCUUGGACUGUGGUCCCCAGAAUUGGACACAGCAUUCCAGGAAAAGAGGUCUGACCAAAGCAAACUUAGAAAGGCACCAUGAUUUUCCUCAAUCUGGACACUAGGCUCCUUUGGAUGCAGCUCAAAAUCACAUUGGCGAUUUUAGCUGCCGCAUCACGUUGUUUACUCAUGUUCAACUUGUUGUCCACUAAGAUCUUUCCAACAUGGACUGUUGUCAAACCAGGCGUCACCUAUUUUGUAUCAUUGCGUUUCAUUUUGGCUGCCUAAGUGUCGUAUCCUACAUUUGUUGACAUUCAUUGUGUUGGUUUUGCCCAAUCUGUUGAGGUUGUUUUGCAUCCUGAUCCUGUCCUCUUAGUUUGAUGUCAUCCCUCUAAACCUUCAUCCAAGUCAUUAAGAAUGAUGUUAGACAGCACUGAAAGGUCUCCGUCAGACCCCGGAGAGUCACUUUUUUCAAGAUGAAGAAGAGGAACCCUUGGUGAGGAGCACCCUUUGGGUUUGGUCACUUAACCUAUUCCAGAUCCACCGAAUAGUAGCACUGCCUAGCCCACAUGGUUUGCAAGAAGAUCAUAGGAGAUCUUGUUGAAGGCCAUGCUGGAAUCAAGAUCUGCUCCGUCCACGGCAUUCCCUGCAUCUUCCAAGCUUGGAACUCUGUUGAGAUGAGCCUGGCAUGACUUGUUUUUGAGGAAUCCAUGUUGACUUUGGGUUCGGUCACUUAACCAAUUCCAGCUCCACCUAAUAGUAGUAUUGCUUGGGUCACUUUGCUUGCAAGAAGGUCAUGGAGAACCUUGCUGGAAUCAAGAUGAAUUCCCUGCAUCUUCCAAGCUUGGACCUCUGUUGAGAUGAGUCUGGCAUGUCUUGUUUUUGAGGAAUCCAUGUUGACUUUGAGUAAUUGCAAGUGAUUGCAGGAUUCCUCCUUCAUGAUCUGCUCCAGGAAUCAUGAUAUACUCCGUCCAUGGCAUUCCCUGCAUCUUCCAAGCUUGGACCUCUCUUGAGAUGAGCCUGGCAUGACUUGUUUUUGAGGAACCCAUGUUGACUUUGGGUUCGGUCACUUAAAUAAUUCCAGAUCCACCUAAUUGUAGCAUUGCCUAGCCCACAUUCCUUGCAAGGAGAUCAUGGGGGAUCUUGUUGAAGGCCAUGCUGGAAUCAAGAUCUGCUCCGUCCAUGGCAUUGCCUGCAUCUUCCAAGCUUGGACCUCUCGAGAUGAGCCUGGCAUGACUUGUUUUUGAGGAACCCAUGUUGAUCACGAGUGCUUGCAGGCUUCCUCCCCCAUGAUCUGCUCCAGGAUCUCUCCUGGCCUUGUUGAGGUCCUCCUCUUCUCCCUUCUUGAAGAUCGGGACCACAUUGACCCUCCUCCAGCCUUCUUAUGGGACUUGAGUGGCAGAACCAGUCAAGGGAAAUGAGUUUGCUCUUAUGUUUUUUCUCUUUAUAUCAAUGGAAACGAGUCUCUGUGGGUCUUGACGUUUUGGUGGCGGUGGGUCUUGUGGUGGGUUCGGUGGUCAACAGAAGCAAGGGCAUACGGGGAAAUAAAUGGAAAUAAAUGGAACGUUUACAAAUCCAAA